UUACAACCUCAUCCACCUCAUCCCGUCCAAAAACCCAGACAAGGAAUACUUCAAAUAAAGGCGCUCAUACGCCUCCUCUUCACACUCACUGGAAUCAAACGUACGCCAGAACUCACGAUCCCACUUUUAAUGACAGCAGCUCAUCCUACAACUCACACUGA